GACCAAGUCACUCCUCUGACUUAACCACUCUCUUUUCAUUUUCUCUCUUUACCAUUCUUUAUAUAAAUACACCAUUCUUGAAGUUGAAGGUCACACAUAACACAACGCAACAUUCCUUUAAAAUAUGGAUUGGUUCUCCUGGCUUUCCAAAACAGGCCUUGAGCCAACCCUAGUGUAUGAGUAUGGCCUUACUUUUGCUCACAACGAGCUUGAAGAAGAAGACAUAACAUACUUCAACCAUGAGUUUCUCAUGAGCAUGGGAAUCUCCAUAGCCAAACACAGGCUAGAGAUUCUCAAGCUUGCAAGGAAAGUGAAGGGAAAGAGGGCGGCACCACCACGCCCUGUGGCAAGGCUCAUGGUGGCGAUCAAGAGGACAAAGAGGUGCUUAGCCAAUUACAUUCGCUCGUUCAUCAGCACUUGUGAAGAAGAGUCAUCAGCACUUGUGGUGGUGCCAUCAUCAUCAUCAAGGUCUUAUUAUGGGACAAGAUGGAAGAGUAAUCAUGUGAUGAAGAGGAACAAAAAGAUGGUGGUGGCUAAGCAAGAGAGGCUCUUGCUCACAAAUGGAAGCCCUAAUACUGUUGUGCAUGGUCUUGAUGCUUUCACUAGUCCUAAUAUUGUUUAUCAUUUCCAAAAGGAUGAACAAAUGGAAGGAGAUGAUGGAUAUUGGUCUUCAGCUGCUACUGAACAAAUCAGAAGAAGGGGGGAAAAAGAUGGAGGUGCAUGUCCCACACCCUACGCAUGUAACAAGAUGAUCUUCAUUUCUUACUCAAAGUGGUGACCUUAGAUUCUGACUUCUAAGAUGGUGGCACUAAUUCAGUAACACAGCCAAGUUCUUCACUGUUUAAAAACACCAUAACCUGAACAGUGAGGACCCCAUUUUUCUUCAUGUAAUUAUUAGUAUAGCAUGUAUUAAUUCCAUGUACGUAAUGGUUAAUAUUUUUUAUUUUUUCAUUUUUU